AUGUCUGACGCCAACAUCUUCUACACAAUCGGCGCCUAUGCCACCCUCAUCGGCAUUGGCUAUGCCCUCUACCAUGUCUCAACGCAAAAGGACAAGAAAAAGGGCGGCGUCGCCAUCACCAAGACGGCCAAGGCCUCACAGCCAGAGGUCCGGAAGGAAGACCGGAAGAAAAAGCAACGUCUGGAGAGCUUCGUGACGGACCAGGACUCCAGCAAAGCCUCCAAGGCCGAUGCCCAGAAGGAAAAGGCCGCCCAGGCACCUCACUGGCUGAGCAACGAGGCGGACGACAAGCAAAAGGAGAUUGACAACCGAGAGUUUGCCAAGCAGCUCUCCAAGGCCAAGGAGGGUGCCAAGUUCAACACCAAGAACGACGGCCCCAAGCAGCGCGAGAAGACCGUCAAGCAGUCCAAGGCCAACAAGGCCAAGGCUGCCCCCGCCCCUGAGGCUGUUCCCUCUGCCCCGUCGUCCAACGGCGCUGAUGCCGACGAUGACGAGUCUCCCGUUGUCCUGUCCCCCGAGACCCGCCCCGUCGACGUUGGCGGUGUCAGCGACAUGCUCGAGCCAGCCCCCGCCGGCCCUUCCGUUCUGCGUCUGACUGAUACCGAGUCCAAGAAGGACAAGAAGCCCAAGGCCGCCAAGAACCCCGAACCGGCUGAGACCAAGAAGCAGAGACAGAACAGGAAGAAGGCUGAGGCUGCCAAGGCCGCCCGCGAGGAGGCCGAAAAAGAGCGCAAGAUCCUUGAGGAGAAGCAGCGACGCACUGCUCGCAUUGCCGAAGGCCGCGCCGCCAAGGAUGGCUCUGAGUUCAUGGCCGCCGUCAACGGCAACAAGUCUGCUUGGAACGGCACCAACGGCACCAACGGAACCAAGAAGGACGAGGCUUCUAUCCACGCCCCUCUCGACACCUUUGAGCAGCCUGCCGAGAAGAAGGCCGCUAAGAAGGCCGCUCCUGCUGCUGCCCCCGUCGCUGCUCCCAAGGAGCCUGUCCAGAACCUGGAGAGCUCUUGGAUCUCGGCUCUUCCGUCUGAGGAGGAGCAGAUGGAGAUGCUCAAGGAUGAAUCUGACGAAUGGAGCACUGUCAAGAGCAAGUCCUCCAAGAAGUCCAAGAAGGCCCCCUCUGUCGAAUCCGGAGAGGAGACUCCCCAGGCUCGCCCCGCGGCUCAGCCCAAGCAAACUGUCGACACCAACGCCAACAAGUCUACUAAGCCCGCGGCCAAGAACUUUGGAGGCUCCUUUUCUGCAUUGACCAUUAAGGGCGACGAUGCUGAGGAGGACGUCGAAGAGGAGUGGGACGUCUAA